GUAUAAAUUGAGGAAAGAACUGUGGCAGCCUGAGGACAGACUGUGCGGGACAUCCAGAGAGAAAACAAGGGAUCUUUCAGGAUAAAAACCAAACUACAGAACUCACAAGACUUUUUCCCUGACUGAGCCAAAAUGGUGACAGAUAAGAAGACAACAGCAGAGCAAAUGACUGGCAGGGAUCUGUCAGAACUCAUCAAAGAUGUGACAAAAGAUAGUCACACCAGGGCAGAAAACACAGAGCUGAUGCUCAGCUUCCAGAGAGGAAAGGUCACCCUGCCACAGUACAAGGUCCUCAUUUGCUCCCUGUACAAGAUUUAUCAGGCUUUGGAAGAAGAACUGGACAGAAACUCCAACCACCCUGGCGUUGCGCCUAUCUACUUUCCAUCUGAGCUGGCCCGCCUGAAGACCCUGGAAAAAGACCUGGAGUUUUUCUACGGCAAGGACUGGAGACAGAAGGUUGUUGUCCCUACAGCCACUAAAAGAUACUGCCACAGACUCAGACAGAUUGGUAAAGAAAACCCUGAAUUUCUGAUUGCCCAUGCUUACACGCGGUACCUUGGUGACCUAUCUGGAGGGCAGGUCCUGAGUCGUAUCGCACAGAAGUCCUUGGGGCUACAGAGCAGUGAGGGUCUAGAGUUCUUCGCCUUCCCCAACGUAACCAGCCCAAACCUCUUUAAACAGUUGUACCGAAGCAGGAUGAACAGCGUGGAGCUGACAGAGGAAGAGAGGAACAGCGUGCUGGAGGAGGCUGUCACAGCCUUUGAGCUUAAUAUUCAGGUCUUUGAUGAUCUACAGAUGAUGGUUGUCUCUGAAAAUAACCUGCAGAACUGUUCAACACACGCCUCACCAUUGAGCAAACAGCAGAUCAGUGGGACCAUUAUCAAAACCAGCCCACUGCUCAGGAUGGUUCUGGGACUUUUUGUGGCUCUUGCCACAGUCAGUAUGGGAAUCUAUGCCUUUUAGAGAAAAUGUGAAGCAAGAGAUGUGAUGUAUUGGCUCUUUGCUGGGGUUUUUUUGUACCAUGAAACUAUUGGAAACCAAAUUUUUUUUUAAAUAAGUCUGUAAAUAAGGAAUUACAAUGUUAUAUUUUUUUAUUUAACUGUGACCCACACUUUCUUUAUAUCAAUCAAAGAUUUGUGCUGAUUUAAAAAAAAAAUGCAAUGUAAUGUUGGACACUAUACCAGUAUGCAUUGGGAUAUUUGAACCGUGUGUUUUAAUACUGUAAAUAAAAAACAUUUUUUAAUAAAAUCUUGAAAACUGUAA